AGAAAUUCAGUGGCACAAAAAACAACUCUAAAAAAAUCAUGAUAUUCAAAGAUGGGCCCAAGUUUUCUCACACCACAUGUCUAAUGAGAGGCCCAAAUUCCUAAAUUCAACCCACAAAAAAAAAAAAAAAAAAAAAAGAAAAAAAAGAGUGAGUAGUGAAGAAGAAGAAGUGAAGUUCAAAGUUUGAAGCAGAGCACAAGAGUUGAAGCUCAAAGUUUCAAUCCCAGAACUCAAAAAUGACGUUGGACGACGAUAGCUCCAUCUAUGUUGGAGGUCUCCCCUACGAUGCCUCCGAAGAUACAAUUCGCACUGUCUUCAAUUUGUAUGGUGCUAUCCUUGAUGUCAAGAUUAUCAAUGACCAACGUACAAUAGGAAAAUGCUAUUGUUUUGUUACUUUCACAAACCCUAGGUCAGCAAUUGAUGCUAUCAAUGACAUGAAUGGAAGAACUAUUGGUGGACGUGUGGUUAAAGUUAAUGGGGUGAAGAGUCGUGGUGGUGGUAGUGGUGGUGGUGGUGGCAGAUUGAAUUUUGGGAGAGAAAGAGAACGUUAUUAUCAUCAUAAUGAUGAAAGGAAUGGUGAUUGGGAUCGUGGUGGCAGAGAUAGAGAUGUUCGAGACCAAGAUUAUGAUCGUGGCAGAGUUCGAGACGAAGAUUAUGAUCAUGGUAAUAUGAAAGAUGGAUACAGGAAUAGAGGCAAUGAUUGGACUCGGCUUCGUGAUAGGUCUCGAGAUCGUGAUAGGUCCCGAGACCAUGAGAGGGAUAGGGAUAGAAGAGUUGAGCAUAUACAAGAUUAUGCUGUUCAAGCUAGAGAAAGCAUCUUAGACCGUGACAGGGAUAGGGAUAGACGAGUUGAGCAUAUGCAAGAUUAUGAUGUUCAAGCUAGAGAAAGCAUGUUAGACCGUGAUAGAUCCCGAGACCGUGAUAGGGACAGAAGAGUUGAACAUGUGCAAGAUUAUGAUGAUCAAGCUAGAGAAAGCAUGUUAGCCCGUGAUAGAUCCAGAGACCGUGAUAGGGGUAGAAGAGUUGAACAUGUGCAAGAUUAUGAUGAUCAAACUAGAGAAAGCAUGUUGAACCGUGAUAGAUCCCGAGACCUUGAUAGGGAUAGAAGAGUUGAACAUGUGCAAGAUUAUGAUGAUCAAGCUAGAGAAAGCAUGUUAGACCGUGAUAGAUCCCGAGACCUUGAUAGGGAUAGAAGAGUUGAACAUGUGCAAGAUUAUGAUGAUCAAGCUAGAGAAAGCAUGUUAGACCGUGAUAGAUCCCGAGACCUUGAUAGGGAUAGAAGAGUUGAACAUGUGCAAGAUUAUGAUGAUCAAGCUAGAGAAAGCAUGUUAGACCGUGACAGGGAUAGGGAUAGAAGAGUUGAACAUGUGCAAGAUUAUGAUGAUCAAGCUAGAGAAAGCAUGUUAGACCGUAACGGGGAUAGGGAUAGAAGAGUCGAACAAAUACAAGAUUAUGAUGAUCAAGCUAGAGAAAGCAUGUUAGAUGGUGAUUGGAAUCGUGACGAUGAUAGGGCUGAAUAUGAACAAGGAAACAGCAGGGUACAUGGUGGAGAUGUGGAUAAAGAUCAUACCUUAGAUGUGGAUACAGACAGAAAGCUGGAUAGGAUUAGUGAUCCUGAUAAAAGUUUUGAUGAACAUAAAAAAGAACAAUUAAGGAGAAACAUCGAUUUGAAUGUGACAAAUCAAAACAGUCCUUCAGAUUCUAAUGAGGACCACAAUGAUGAGCUAGAGGAUGAAUUUGAGAGGUCAAUGCAGAGGCUUGAUCAACUAAAAAAGGAGGUUUCUAAGAUGGAAGAGGGAUUGGAAGAGAGAAGAAUUGAUGUUAUGGAGUUACAAAAGCACUCUAAGAAACUGGAGGAUGCGGUGAUUAAUGCAAAGAAACAAUCUUUAUAUCGCCAGAUGCAGUUGAGCAAGCUGCAUGAAUGUUUUCUGCAAGUGCAAGAAUCCACAGAAAGACUUAAGACUAGUGAAAAAGAAUUCCAGGCUCUAGUUGAUUCAGUAAUGUUUGAGAGUGAUGGUGAUGGCGAUGGUGGUCUUGGACAACUUACAAAUGGAAGUCUUGAUGGUAGAUAGUUGUUACUAUAUUGCCAAAACUACCAAAAUGUAUGAAAUAUUUUUUGUACCAUGUAUGUUUAGAAGUAUCAUUGGUUGCGAAAUUCAUACUAAUUUGUGCGAAUAAAUUGUGUACCAUUAAGCGGUGCUCUACUUUUUUACUCAAAACGUAAUGGUAACUUCUACUCUAAACGUGAAUUUUUGUUGUGAUUUUGAGCAAGCGCAGAAAUCCUGCCGUGC